AUGGACGUCCACCAAAUUGACCCAUUGAGGUAUUCGGGGUACAUGCAGCAGUGCCUAAGAGAACUCCAAGAAAACCGGGAAUACGAGUCAGACAUGUACCUUAUCUACAUUGUCAAAAUCCAACGGCUCUGCGAGAGGGUUGCGGAUCUAAGGUCCAAAGACUACUGCGACGAAGAGUUUGGUAGCGUCGGUCGAGCGCCCGCCUCGGCUUACAUGUUUGGCUUCACAGCUGAAUUCAGCAAGCUCCAGGCCGGAAUGCCUCCAAGCUUACGGCAUAAUCCUCAUCUCAAAAUACAAAUGGCCACCGCUCGCCUUCGCAUCCACGAACCCCCCAAUAUCGAUGCUGAGCUGCUUGCAUCGCUGUCAAAGUCUCUAGACUCCUUCAGUGCGGGCUCGACUAGCGCUUUAGAUGCAUUUUAUCAGUCCAACGCUGCCCUGAAGGCAUGGUUCGACACCUGGCUUGCUCUGCCUAAGGAUUCUUUCUGCGGCAUGACCCUUUCGACCGCGUCUCACAUGGUCUACGCCGUCAUGAUGCUGAGCCGAUGGGCAUGGCUGGCGUCCAGAGGAACUCACCCUUCAAUCUUACAAGCGGAUCCUGUUGACCCAUCCCAAGAUAACCCCAAUGUGGCCCUAGCGGCCAUAGAGGCGGCCAUCAGCCCCAACACGCCCGCAUCUUCGUCGAGCCCACCCGCCGCAUCGAAGGGGAACUCGCCUUGGGAGACAACGCUUCCGGAUAAGAACCUGCCGCAAGUCCUCGCAGCGCUGAGGGCGCAGCUUUCGACACAGCCGGAUCUGAUGCUCGAUGUUGGCGACUACCUCAACAAGGUCAUCGCACAGCUGCAGGCCAUCGACGCCGCAUUCCAGGAGAUGUCGAUCGACGAGGGCGAAUGGCGCGGAAACAUCUGGAGUCUCGGCGCGACCAAGGUGAAGAUUGCACAGCUGAGGCAGGAGAGGUGGUCAAAGAUGGUGGCGGCGCAGACGGAGGUGAGAGAGCCGGAGACCCAGGUUGGAGGGGCUAUGAGGGGGUAG